AUGGGACUAGGGGUUGACAGCGAUGACGAAUCGCGCUCUAUUUCGCCCAGGGCUGCCUCCAGGGCUGCAUCCAAGGCGGCCUCCAGGGCUGCAUCCAAGGUGGCCUCCAAGGUGUUGAAUGACGCCAAAAGAACUCACGCCAGAGACACCACCAACAGACGACUUGGCACAGCACUAGCAAGACAGGUCAACGGGAUGCCCAGACUUGCAAUGGAGGCGGACCUUGCUCCCGCCAAAAAGGCCACUACACAGGAUCGUACGGCGUUCUCCCGCAACGCCGACAAACACCAGGGACUACCCAAAACAAAGUUGGCUAAAGCGAAGAAACCCUCCCAAGCCACUACAGCCAAGGUCACUCCCGCCAAGUUCACUCCAGCCAAGGCGGCCCCAGCCAGGGGGACAGUAGCCAAGCGGACCGGAGCCAAGGAGACCGCAGCCAAGGUCUCUCCAGCAAAGGACACGGUCCCGAUCAAAGCAGCCCCGGUCUCGGCGGCGAAAAUCGCUCGAUCCGGUCCUGUCAAGUCGGCUCAAGACAAGUCGGUUCAGACGAGGGCGAUUCAAGUCAGAUCGGCUCAAAUCAGGUCGGUUCAGCCAAAGGCACAAACCGCAUUGCACGAGUCGAAUCAGAAGGCUAAUACUGCUCCUUCGUCGGUAGUGGGAAAGAAGACUCAGAUGAGGCGCAGACCUUGGGAACAAAUACACGAAGAAAAUUCGUCCUCGCCAAGUGAGGUUUCCUCUUGUGACGAUGGGUCCUUGUUGAGCCAGGGGCUAGGUGGCCAUAGAAGCCAUUCGUUGGUCCUGAUGCUGUCUGAGGAGGAAAAGAAGGAAUCGGAUCCGACCAUAUCGGGGCGUGUGCCAACGGAGCAAUCGUCGGAACAUGCGUUCGAAGCGGCCAAGGGCGUCGUGCGUUCUGGAGAUGUCCGUAGCGCCGCCGCUGCCGGACGCAGAGGCGCCCGCUACAAGAGGCAGCGAACCCGGCAGAUGAUUGAUGCGGGCAAAAGACUGAGAGAUUCCCCCUUGGACUCAGACCAACUGGACUCCCCUCCAGAUCCGUUGGGCGCGAAAGGACUCGACUCCUACCGCUCGGAAAGUGAGUCAGUGGGGGGCGACUGCGACCGGGUAGCGCAAGGUGGAUGCGAAACACCGGGGUUUGAGAGCGACGGGCCGGCUGACCAAGGGAGUUCGGAGCGGGAAGGAAGUGAGGCAGACGGUAGGAGUGACGAAAGGGAUGACGCAGACGGUAGGAGUGACGAAAGGGAUGGGGCAGACGUUAGGAGUAACGAGCGGUCUUCUGUCUCUGAGAGGUCUCCGGUUGCUGAGGGAGAGUCGUUCUUUCCUUCAAGCAGCUUGGACAAGUGGGAGGCGGCGCCGUUUGCUGGUCUGCAAUCGGUGUCUGGGACUGGUGAUGAGGGCAGGCUGGGUGGGGCAGUAGUUGAUGGGUGUGUGGCGAGAUUCAAUGAGCAAGUGCGUGCGACUGAGAUGGCUGAGAUACGUCGUUUCGUCGAGGAGAAUCGUCGCGGUCGUCGGCCCUGUGGGAACCUCUCUGGUCGCGUGAUGAUUGUGGAGGGUACGACUGGUACGGGCAAAACGAGUACCAUCGACUGUCUUUUAACCAAAUAUGGCGAAUGGGGCUGGAGGACAGCCAAGGUACACGGCCGCAGUGAGUCCGGUAAACUAGAGGACAUAAUAGAAACUUUAGUGGCGACGUACAGUCAAGGCAACCGACCGGUGUGGACACCAGCCAAAGUUGGUAGCAUAAUGAAAACGGUGUUUAGUCGACCACACAAGGUCGACAGUCGCCGCUUUACUUUUGGUGCUGGAGCUGGAGCUAUUUCCGCCGGAGCUAUUUCCGCCGGAGAGAAUGGUGGCAUCGAGAAUGGUGGCAUUGGGAAUGGUGGCAUCGAGAAUGGUGGCAUUGAGAAUGGUGGUCCUGAGAAUGGUGGCGAUGGUGGCAUUGGGAAUGGUGGUCCUGAGAAUGGUGGCCUUGGGAAUAGUGGUUUAUUACGAUUGAGUGAGUUAAUGGAGAGUGGCUGUUCGCUGAUAAUUUUUGUAGAUGAAAUGGAUAUGUUGGAUCGUCUAUCCAAGAACUACUACCACAGCGAAAACUGUUUGCGACAGCUGUUGUACUUGUGUGAAGCACACUUGCACAAUGCUCUGUUGAUCGGUGCUACAAAUGACCCGGGGUUCAUAGCAUGUCUUAGUCGUAAAUACAGUGUGGAGAGAAUUCGUUCUGUUAAAUUCGAUCACUAUACUUACGAACAAAUGGUUAGUAUAAUAAAGUCGAUAAACCAAAACGUUAACACCGAUAAUGCUGGACUACAAUACGGCAUACGGAAAAUUGCAUCACAGAAAGGCGAUUUCCGCCAAAUCCUCGACCUUCUAUUUAGGGCGGACGAGACUGAAACAACUUUUAAGACAACGAAAUCGUCCAAAUCUUCAUCGUUCGCUGAGGCAACAACAUCCGCGACAUCUACGGUAACCCAUGACCAGUUUAAUGUGUAUAAUAAGACUAGCACCAAAUUGGUGGACCACGGACUAGUCGAGGGAGAAUCUUCCGGACCGGGAACUGCGUUAAAUGAAUUGGCCAAAAUCCAAGAUCUGCUGGGGAAAGAAUACAAGACGGAUAUCAUGAGGGUUGUGGACACAAUUCAAGAAAUACCCAUUUUGUACCAAGAAAUAUCGGCAAGUAUAAUGAUUAUAGUUAAUAAGAAUAGAUCACACAUGAAUUUGGACAUUAAUUCGAUAUACAAUCUGUACCGUGAUAUGUGCUCUCAAAUGGGUAAUGAGUAUGUACCCUUAUCUUCCUUUGAAAACUGUCUUACUGUCCUGCAGAUGCAGCAGAUAGUGAAAAAUCUGACAUUGUGUACACCGAUGACCUCAUCCGUACGAAAGCGGAGUAGAACUCCCGCUGGCAAAACUCCUAUGAGCAGGUCACGGCCUCCCAUCCUUAAGGCCAUUGACAAUGCCGGAAAGGUAGACUUUGUACUCAACGCGCGGCAGGCGGCAGUAGCCUUCAAUAAACUUAAAGCCAAGAGGGUCUGCGGCUUUACUCUGCUGAGUAUAUCAGAUGAAUAUUUCGAUGACUAA